UGGGUAGGUCGGCAGUCUUUAUUUUUUUCCUCUUGCUUUGCCUCCUGAGAGCAAAUCUCAGCAUUCUCCUGCAGCACCCAGCGGACUCUGGGUGGUUCUGAGUAGGAGAGAGAGUGCCCUUCAAGGCCUCUCUGCGUGAGACUGAUGGAAAAGCAGCAGCGGCCACAGAGCCAGAAGCGGGGGCGGGAACGUCCUUCAGCCGCUGACCCCGCUUCUCUCCACCAACGGUGCUUUGCUGCACUCCCAGGAAAAUGAGGAACCAGAGAUUUCCUGACAACUUGGAGAGAAAUCACACUUCUCUUCAAAGGAAUUAAAACCAUACCCACAUCGUCCAUUCUUCAUCCCCUGUGCAAGAAAACCCUCCUCUGCAAAAGCGUGAGGAAAAGACACCCUGCUUCUGCCUCUGCGACACCAAAGCCAGCCAUUCUGCGGAUGGGACAGUUGGGGUUGGGGGGCUGUGGUCCCAUGUCAUCUGGCUGCUGUGGGGUCCGCUGCUCCCUGCGUGGUCUCCCCGUCCUGUUAGACCUGAUGGAAAAUGACCUCGUUACGCCUGCAUUUCUCCAAAGCCCUUCCUCUUUGUCUAACCCACGUGGUUCAAGGUUAAUGAAAACAAAACCCGUCUAUCCCCGAGGUCACACAGUGGUUGUGUUGUUGUCUUAGGCUGUGGGAACAGCAGAGAGGAAGAGAAGGUCGAGAGGGAGCGGAGGCCAGCAGUUAUCUUGAGGGGUUUCACCUUCAGAGGAAGGCGCUUUCUGAGCUGUUGCAGACAGAGGCUUUGGUAACAACUUCAGGCCCAUCUCAGUUCUCUGUGCCAGUGCAGGCAACGUGCCAGCAUGGCCUGUUCUGAGGAGCAAGGAGGUGUCCCCGGUGGUUUCAUCCGCCAGAAUUCUGGCAACUCCAUUUCUUUGGACUUUGAGCCCGAUGCAGAGUACCAGUUUGUGGAGCAGUUGGAAGAGCGCUACAAGUGUGCCUUCUGCCACUCGGUGCUUCACAACCCCCACCAGACGGGCUGUGGGCACCGCUUCUGCCAGCACUGCAUCCUGUCACUGAGAGAAUUAAAUGCAGUCCCACUCUGCCCUGUAGAUAAGGAGGUGAUCAAAUCUCAGGAGGUGUUUAAAGACAAUUGCUGCAAAAGGGAAGUCCUCAAUUUAUAUGUAUUUUGCAAAAAUGCCCCUGGAUGUAAUGCCAAGAUUAUUCUGGGACGAUACCAGGACCACCUUCAGCACUGCCUGUUCGAGGCUGUGCAGUGCUCUAACGAGAACUGUCGGGAGCCAGUCCUUCGAAAAGAUCUGAAAGAGCAUUUGAGCGCAUACUGCCCCUUUCGAGAGGAAAAAUGCCUUUAUUGCAAAAAGGAUGUGGUAGUCAUCAAUCUACAGAAUCAUGAGGAAAACUUGUGUCCUGAGUACCCAGUAUCUUGUCCCAACAAGUGUUUGCAGAUUAUUCCAAGAACUGAGGUGGAUGAACACCUUGCCGUGUGUCCUGAAGCUGAACAAGACUGUCCUUUUAAGCACUAUGGCUGUACUGUAAAGGAUAAACGGGGGAACCUGCAGGAACACGAGCACUCAGCCUUACGGGACCACAUGCUUCUGGUUUUGGAAAAGAACUUCCAGUUAGAAGAACGGAUUUCUGACUUAUAUAAGAGCCUAGAACAAAAAGAAAGUAAAAUCCAGCAGCUAGCAGAAACCGUAAAGAAAUUUGAAAAGGAGUUCAAGCAGUUUGCACAGUUAUUUGGCAAAAAUGGAAGUUUCCUCUCAAAUAUCCAGGUUCUUGCCAGUCACAUUGACAAGUCGGCUUGGCUAGAAGUUCAGGUGCGUCAGUUAUUACAAAUGGCUAACCAGCAACAAAGUAAAUUUGAUCUGAGGCCUUUGGUGGAAACGAUUGAUAUGGUGAAACAGAAAAUAACCCUGCUAGAAACCAAUGAUCAAAGAUUAGUUGUUUUGGAAGGGGAGACUAACAAACAUGAUGCCCACAUUAAUAUUCAUAAAGCACAGCUGAAUAAAAACGAAGAGCGAUUUAAACUGCUAGAAAGUGCCUGCUAUAACGGAAAGCUCAUCUGGAAGGUGACAGACUACAAGCUGAAGAAGAAGGAGGCGCUGGACGGACACACAGUAUCCAUCUUCAGCCAGCCCUUCUACACCAGCCGCUGUGGCUACCGGCUCUGUGCUAGAGCGUACCUGAAUGGGGACGGGUCCGGGAAGGGGACACACCUGUCUUUUUACUUUGUGGUGAUGCGAGGGGAGUUUGACUCACUGUUGCAGUGGCCAUUCAGGCAGAGGGUGACCCUGAUGCUUUUGGACCAGAGUGGCAAAAGGAACCACAUCGUGGAGACCUUCAAGGCCGACCCCAACAGCAGCAGCUUUAAAAGACCCGAUGGAGAGAUGAACAUUGCCUCUGGCUGUCCCCGCUUCGUAGCUCAUUCCACUUUGGAGAAUGCCAAGAACACCUACGUUAAAGAUGAUACCCUGUUCUUGAAAGUGGCUGUGGAUUUAACUGACCUGGAGGAUCUCUAAUCAUUGCUUCUGGGGGAUAAAAGGACUCGAAUCCAGAGCCUUUGGUUAAUGUAGUGACUGAAUCUAGGCUCAGCACACAUUUGUAUGUGGCUUUUUGCCCUUAAUGUUUGAAGUCAUUUUCAGAUUUCGCAAGUGCUGUCCUCUUUCAUUUCAUUCUGUCCCAGUUUGCAACUUAUAAUAAUUAUAAUAUCUUCUCAUUAUUUAUAUUUUUAUAUCUCUUGAAAGAUGUUAAUUUUCUUAAAGGUAAGGUCUGGGGCAUACCUCUUUUACUGGUGCUUAGUGUGGGGUCUCAGGGUGGGCCCUCUAUAACAUUAUAUGUCCUGGAGGUAACAGAGAUAGAAUUUCCAGUGGAAAAUGCUUUGGUAUUUUAUAUUUGGCCUGUUGAUUCUAGACCUGACCGUAAGCCUGCAAAGGCUAUCUUUUAGGGCAGGCUAUUCCAGUUCAGUAGAUGGGUAAUGUACUUCAAAGCCAAUCUGCCCAGUUUGGACCAGACUUUUUCUGGUUAAAUACUGUAUUUGUGAAAAUUACUACAGCUCUAAUAUUUUCACGAAGUUUACCAGUAGUCAGCAAGCACAGUUUUUCAAGGCUGCGUAAGAACUGGUGAAUAAAGUGAGCAUUUUUCAUUCUCCCUGCUAAAGUAAAGCAGUAAACUUUGCAUAGUAUAUAUAUAAGGAGAUACAGCCACCCAGCUAAAGUUCAGAUUUUAUUAGGUUCAAGCAUAUGAAAAAACUGUUUUCAAACAAAAUAAUCAAAUAUUAGCAGUUUCAUAAGAUUCAACUUAAUAAGUUAUGUGCAUGUAUACAAAUAGUUCAAAGGUGUUUUGGUAAUAAUAGCAAAUUAAUGUGAGGAUGCGCAGAAUUUGACGGAGAACAUGUCAGAAAUGGAUAAGAGGAAUUUAAAACCUAGGGAGAACACCAUUACAAUUUCCUAUGGGUGUCAGUACUCCCAUCCGAAACUGAUGGCUAAACACAGUAUCUCCUGUUCUUUUUGAGAGGAAUUUUGAAUUCAUAAAUUGGUAUGAAAAUGGGCACUCAUGUAAACGUGUUAUGUUUCUUGUGAAAGUCCUGAGUACUUUGUGAAGAACAGAAAUGAUUGUGUUCUUUUACAUCUAUCUGUGUGGGUCUGAGAGUGUAAAUACAAGCCUACAUGAGUCCUACUGACUCUAGAUAAGCCUGAACUUAACAGGAAACUACCCAGUUUCCCUGGGCCCUAACUCUUGUCAUGCCACCAAGCACAGCCCACACUCAGCUGGCUCCCUUGAGCGUGCAAGGGUGAGCUGCUCACUUGAGUGAUGACCACGCACCUUUUAGCUCUUGAUCAGCUGACCUCACAAAAGCAGCAUGGUUUAUGCCAGUGGUUUCUGAAAUAAUUGGAACUUUCUUCAUCUCACCUGUGAAAUUUUCAAGAUACCAAAGACCCAUACUGCACAAAUUGUCCCAAAGGGUUAAAUUCAAAGACCUAAGUUCACAAUAGAAAUCUGCUAAAGAACCACCCUGCCGCUGCUGGUGGACUUGGGUACAGCUGAGGGUCAGCACAUCCCCUUAGACAAACUCAGGAAGUGUUUCUCUGGACCUCACAGCUGGAUGCAAGUGGUUCUGUGUGCUUGUUUUCAAUGUUUCUUAUCCCAUCCAGAGUCAUCCUUGUGUUCCUGAGGAACAGGAGAUCACAUUGUUGUAACUAGUUUUAAGUCUUUGAUGUGAAAAACAUUUUAAAGUGAAUUUAUCAAAAUACUGAUUUUGUGUUUUAACCAACUUCUCUGCACAAAAAGUAUAAGUCAUGGCAUGGUUCACUUAUGAGUUCAGAGUCCCUCAUCAUUGAGACAGUGAACACAGAACAAGGUAUUCUAAAAUAAAAAGCACUUCUUUCUCACAAGAUAAGAGUUGUGAAUUUUGUUUUAAGGAAGUCAA